ACUUCUAAAAGUCAUGAUUAUUGAAAUAUAAAAAUAUAAAAAACCAUGGAUUCGAUACGUGUCAGUGACAUUCGAAAUCCACGUGAGAAAGCGAGUUCCUUGUCCAUUCUACUCUGGUGGUGGGCCAUCAAACCGUGUCGAGCCAUUUAUCAAAAAAAGUUGUCUGUCGAUAAUCUGUGUAAUCCUUUGGAAGAAGAUCGGUCGAGUGUAUUAGGCGAUCGAUUAGAAAAACAGUGGAACGCAGAAUUGCAGAGAGCGACGAAACUCAACGCACGACCGAAUCUAGCCAAAUCAAUCUUUCUUACCUUUCGCAAAGAGAUAUUCUGGCAAAUUUUUCUUCAAUUGUUUGCUGGCUUAAUUUUAAAAUUAUGUCCGCCUCUGCUUUUGGGCCAGCUGAUGUUCUACUUCACCUCGGACGCCUCGAUGACACGCGAACAAGCACUCGCUUACGCUGGACUGUUUUGCUUGGCGAAUUUGGCGAGUAUUCUCAGUCUGAAGCACUACAACAAUCACAGUAUUCACACGGGCAUGAAAAUUCGGGUGGCGAUCGUUUCGUUGGUCUACAGAAAAGCGCUGAAAUUGAACCUAACAGCUUUGUCGAGCGAGACAUCUACUGGAGCUAUCGUGAAUAUCGUGGCCAACGACGUCAAUCGGCUCAACCAGGUGAUGAUUUACGUACACUACAUCUGGUCGGCACCACUGUUAACGAUCGCCGUUUCCGGACUCGUUUACGUCCAAGUCGGUUUCAAGCCUUUGAUCGGCGUCGUGGUUCUGAUAACUUUGGUCUUCAUUCAAGUUUACACGGGCAAACUAUCGGCCGAGCAGCGUCGCGAGACGUCGUCGAAAACCGACGAGCGAGUCCGCCUCAUGGACGAGAUCAUCUCGGGCGUGCAGGUCAUCAAGAUGUACGCCUGGGAGAAACCGUUCUGCAAACUGAUCGAGCUGGUCCGUCACCUCGAGCUACGAAUGUUCCGCAAAACUUGCUAUCCUCGCAGUUUCUACAUGACCUCGUACAUCUUCGCCACUCGGCUGUCUCUGUUUUUUGCCCUCGUCCUCAUGGUCUUCACGAAUGUGCCACUCGUGCCGCGAGAGAUCUUUCUCGUCGCCUCGUUUUACAACGCCCUGGCCGACUCGUUGAUCGCCCAGUUGGUGCGCGGCUAUCCGGAGAUCGUCGAGAGCUCGGUGACCGUCGCCAGAGUGAAAUCGUUCCUCAUGCUGAGCGAGUGCAAGAGGGAAGACAAUGUCUAUUACAUCAAGAAUAUCUCGACAACGAAUCGGAAAAAAACCAACGACGCUGUUUUCAAAAUUGACGUGGAUAAGUCCAUCAUCUUGAAAGACUUAACGGUCAAGUGGCGAGCAGAAGCACUGAACACCAUCCUCGAGUCGGUAAAUGUAGAGAUGGACAACGGCAAACUCUACGCAGUCAUCGGUAAAGUUGGCUCGGGUAAGAGUUCGCUUUUGGCCGCUAUCUUAGGAGAGACGCAUCUUGUCGACGGUUGCGCAAUCGUCAAUGGGCGAUUGAGCUACCUGCAUCAGAACUCAUGGGUUUUCGCGUCGACGGUCCAUCGAAACGUCGUCUUCUGCGAGAAAGUCGAUGAACAGAGAUACAGGAGAGUCAUAGACGUUUGCUGCUUGAGCCAGGAUUUCGAGCAGUUUCCCGAGGGCGAUCGCACGGUCAUCGGCGAGAAAGGGGUGUCGCUGUCGGGUGGCCAGAAGGCCAGAAUUAGUCUGGCUAGAGCGAUUUAUCGACAAGCCGAUAUCUACCUUCUCGAUGAUCCUCUCAGCGCUGUAGACGCCAAAGUGGGUAAACACCUGUUCGAGAAAUGCGUGCUCGGGUAUCUGGCGGGAAAAACUCGAGUUCUGGUACUGCAUCAAUUGCAGUACCUCAAAGACGUCGACGGAAUUUUCCACGUCAAGCAAGGCAGAGUCGAGUUCUAUCCGAGCUGUCGAGAGCUCGUACAGGCCAGACCGCAUUACGCAGGCUUCAUCGCCGAGAACGUCGACGUCGCGGAAACGCCAUCGAUCGAGGAUACGCUUCAAUUCGACGCGAACGACUCCAGCGAGAACGAUGAGAAUAUCAAAAGUCGGGCGAGAAAAUUGGGGGACAUGAUGGAAAAGAACCCCGAAAGUUCCAGUACGGAGUCGCGCCUGUACCUGCGUUACUUUUCCCUUGGUUCUGGCACGUGUAAUCAAAUUUUUUUAAUCGUCAUAUUCGUAUUGAGCCAAAUUUUCAUCAGCGCGGGGGAUUAUAUGGUAGCUUUGCUAUCGAAUUCGAGAAAGCUCGUCGAAAGCAGCACUCGAGCCUUGGUCUACGUUUACGCGGCCUUGAUCGUCCUGACCGUCGCCUUCAGUCUGGCUCGUUCCCUCUUGUUCUUCUGGGCUUGUCUGCGAAGCAGCGAGGUCCUGCACAGUAGUGCCUUUCGAGCCGUCGUGCGAGCACCCAUGAGCUUCUUUCAUUCCAAUCCGAGCGGCCGAUUGUUGAAUCGUUUCUCCAACGACAUGGGCUCGGUCGACGAAAAUUUGCCCAAGGUCAUGCUCGACACGGCGCAGAUAUUCUUGUGCAUGCUCGGCGUCAUGCUGGUCACUUGCAGCGUCAACGCGAUACUCGUCGCGCCGGUCUCGAUGCUGCUGUUCCUUUGCCUCUGGCUGAGGCGAACAUUUCUGGUCGCCGCCAUGAACAUGAAGCGUCUGGAAGCCACGACGAAAUCGCCCUUACUGACGUAUCUCAACGAAACUCUGAACGGGAUAUGCACCAUCAGAGCGGUAAAAUCAGAGGACACUUUGAAAAGAGACUUUGACCAUUACCAGGAUGUCAAUACGAGCGCUUGGUACAUCUGCUUGAACUGCACGUUUCUCAUUAACUUCUCCGUCGAGUUGAUCGUCUAUGCGUUUACGACGCUAACGACGUUUGGAUUUGUUCUUUGGCGCGAUCAUUUUAGCGGUAGCCAAGUGGGCCUGGUUAUCACUCAGAUGAUGUCGAUCGUCGUGUUCAUACAGAUCGGCAUGCGCAUGAGCUUCGAGUCGGCCAACGAGGUGCUAUCGGUCGAGCGGAUUCUCGAGUACGCCAAUGAGAAGCCGGAGGCAAAUCUGGGCGACGCGAAUAAUUCGUCGGAUAAUUCAUCGUUUGUCCCGUUGCCCAACGAUUGGCCAAGUCGAGGUGAAAUUCGUUUCACAAAUGUUUUUUUGAGAUACGUUGAGCACGGCAAGCCGAUCUUGAAGGAUAUAAAUCUGAUUAUACGGCCAAGAGAAAAAAUAGGAAUAGUCGGGCGGACCGGAGCAGGAAAGUCAUCUCUGAUCGCGGCUCUGUUCAGACUAGCCAAGAUCGAGGGUGUCAUCGAGAUCGACGGAAUCGAGACCGGCAAAAUAUCCCUCGAAGAUCUCAGAAAGAACAUCUCCAUCAUCCCGCAGGAUCCGGUUCUCUUCUCGGGCACCUUGAGACGAAAUCUCGAUCCGUUGAACGAGUUCAGCGACGACGAGCUCUGGCGAGUCUUGGACGAGGUGGAGCUUCGGGGCAAAUUGGCUCUCGACGGCAAGAUCGCCGACAAGGGCAGGGACUACAGCUGCGGCGAGCGACAACUCGUCUGUCUGGCUCGGGCGAUUCUGCGAAAGAAUCGGAUCCUUCUGCUGGACGAGGUCACGGCCAACGUCGAUCCUCAGACCGACUCGCUCAUUCAGAGGACGAUACGCGAGCGACUGGCCGACUGCACGGUGCUGACGAUAGCGCACAGAUUGAACACCGUAAUCGACAGCGAUCGAGUCGCCGUGAUGGAUAACGGCUCUCUGUUGGAGUUCGAUCAACCGUACGCGCUGCUUCAGCGGGAGGAAAGCCACUUAUCUAAGCUCGUCAGAAAAACAGGUGACGCAACGUUCGAUCGGCUCUUCGAGCAGGCCAAACAAUUUCAUUCCAAGAAACUUGAAAACGCGAAAAACGGCCGCUUAAAGUGUGCCUACUUUUUUUUCUGUUUUGUUUAUUUCCUUAACCAAGUGACAGUUAUGGAAUCGAAACAGGUGAAUUCGUUGCCUAAUCCAAGAGCUAAAGCCAACGUAGUUUCCGUCUUGCUUUGGACUUGGACCUUGCGCUUGUUCAAAAAAGGCUACUCGAAAGUGCUCAAGUUCGAAGAUUUGUACGUAACGUUGAAGGAGGAUCGCUCGAAUUAUUUGGGCGACCGAUUGGAGAGCCAGUGGAGUGCCGAGAUCGAAAAGUCGAAAAAGCGUAAAAAAGAGCCGCAUUUGCUGAAAACCAUCCUUCUUACCUUCGGCUGGGAGAUCUUCAUUCUUGGCGUACUAAAUGGCUUGCUCGAAUUUUUCUUCAAGCUCGGCACGCCGAUUCUUCUCGGCAAGUUUCUGCAGUACUUCAAGAAGGAAACGACGACGACGUUCGACGAGGCCCUGACUUUCGGCCUCGCCUUCACCCUGACCAACUUCCUGACGAUCCUCUCGACGAAUCAUGUGCUCUUCAUGGCGGCGCAUCUCGGCGGUCGCAUACGCGUCGCUGUUUGCUCCCUCGUCUACCGCAAGGCCCUCAAACUCAGCAAGACGGCCCUCGGCGAGACGGCGCCCGGCAAAAUCGUCAAUCUCGUCGCGAACGACGUCAAUCGCUUCGAAUGGGUUAUGACGUUCAUCCACAUAAUGUGGAGCGGUCCGAUCUCCACCAUCAUCGUGGCCUACAUCCUCUACAGCGAAGCCGGCUACGCGGGUUUGAUCGGUAUCGCCGUUCUCAUGUCGACCGUCCCCAUACAAAUGUACUCGGCGAAAUUGUCCUCGAAAUUCCGCGGCCAGACCGCCAUGAAGACGGACGAACGAAUACGUCUGAUGAACGAGAUCGUCUCGGGCGUGCAGGUCAUCAAGAUGUACUCGUGGGAGAAGCCGUUCUGCGCCCUCAUCGAGCUGGCUCGUCGCCUCGAGCUCAACGUCAUACGAAAGAUCGCCAAUUUGCGCGGACUCUACAUGACCUUUUUCCUGUUCACCACUCGACUGGCCCUCUUCUGCACGAUCGUCUCGAUGGUGCUGUUCGGCCAGUCGCUGUCCGCCGAGAAGGUCUUCGUGUUCGCUUCGUUUUUCAACGUCUUGGGUGACUCGAUGACGUCCAUGUUCAUCCGUGGCUGCGCCGAGAUCGCCGAGUGCCGAGUCUCCGUGGGCAGAAUACAAAAGUUCCUCAUGCUCGACGAGUUCAGACCAAAAAACGUCAAUCGCACGGAGAACCACGAGAGUGACAAAGACCAUCGCGAUAUCGCGCUGAAGGUCAUGAAGAAACGAGCGGCUAUGAGCGGUGACCAACACGAGGCAGAAGAAACCGACAAGUACCAUAACGACUGGAGUGAAAUUCUAUUGGAUCAACCUCACUCGAUCGUCAUGAAAAACGUCACGGCCAAGUGGACACCGAACCUGUCCAAUCCGACACUCGACUCGAUCAAUCUGAAGCUGGAAAAGGGCAAGUUAUACGCCGUGAUCGGUACGGUCGGCUCCGGCAAGAGUUCCUUCCUGUCGGCGAUCCUCGGCGAGAUCAAUCUCAUCGAGGGCAGCAUCGACGUGACGGGCAAAGUGAGCUACGUGCCCCAGGACGCCUGGAUCUUCGGCGCGAGCGUCAGGCAGAACAUCCUCUUCGGCCAGGAGUUCGACGCGAAGCGCUACAAGAAGGUCAUCAAGUCCUGCUCGCUGAGCAAGGACUUCGAGCAGUUCCCCGAGGGCGACCACACGAUCGUGGGUGAGAGAGGCAGCUCGCUGUCGGGUGGCCAGCGCGCCAGAAUCAAUCUGGCCAGAUCGGUUUAUCGCCAGGCCGACGUCUACCUGUUCGACGAUCCUCUGAGUGCCGUAGACGCUCACGUGGGCAAACACCUGUUUGAGGAGUGCAUCAGCCGACACCUGAAGGGGAAAACUCGUAUCCUGGCGACGCACCAGUUGCAAUUCGUCAAGGACGUCGACGGCAUCAUACUGCUGGAUCAGGGCAGAAUUGCCUAUUACGAGGAUCAUCAUCAGUUGCUCGAAGCCUAUCCCGAGUACAAUGUUCUGAUAGCCGGAGAGAAAGAGGAAUUCGAGGACGACGACGCGUCGAGCCAAGCCACUGAACUUCGACGACGAUUUUCCUCGAGAUCGGGAAGUAUGAUUCGCCGAUCCGAAGAGACCAGCAUAAUCGAAGACGACGAAGAGGAGAGAAAAUUCGAGGACAUAAUCGAGGGAACGUCCAAAGGCCUCGUCAAGGGCAACGUUUUCUUUCAAUACUUCCAAGCCGGCUCCAACGUAUUCGUCAUCCUGAUCAUGACUGUGCUGUUCAUCGGGACCCAGAUGCUCGUCAGCAUGAACGACUACUGCGUACCCCUCAUAGUGAGGGCCGACGAAUCGAAAAAUCAAACCAGCUCCGACGAGAUCGAGGACACGCCCAACGAUGCCUUUUUCUACAUUUAUCUCUACACGGGCGUGACAGUAGCCGUGUUCGUGGUCGGUCUCACGCGCACCAUCGUCUAUUACAGUCGUUGCAUGCGCAGUGGCGAGGCCCUGCACAAUCGGGCCUUCUCCGCCCUCAUACGCGCUCCCCUGAGAUUCUUCGACGACAAUCCGAGUGGACGCAUACUCAAUCGCUUCUCCAAGGACACGAUCGGUAUCGAUGAGCUACUCACCAAAGCCAUGCUCGACGCCGGCCAGAAUCUGCUGAACAUCGCCGGAGCCCUCACGCUCACUUGCAUCGUCAAUCAGAUCUUUCUGGCUCCGGCACUAAUCAUCGCCGUCAUCUGCUAUUGGAUCAGGAAGGUUUAUCUGAAGACGAGCAAGAACAUCAAGCGUCUCGAAGGAAUGACGAGAUCUCCGGUAUUUACUCAUCUGAACGAGACCUUGAGCGGAAUAGCGACCAUCAGAGCCUACGAGGCCCAGACCAAUUUGAAAUACGACUUCGACCGUUUCCAGGAUGUACACACGUCCUCCUGGUACAUGUUCGUCACGAGCAGCUUCGCCUACGCCUUCAUCUUGGACAUGUUUACCUUCAUUUUCAUCACCUUGACGGCGUUCACUUUUCUGAUGCUAGCCGAUCAAUUCGACGGAGGCCAAGUCGGUCUCGCCAUCACCCAGCUCAUGUCCAUUGUCCUGCUGGUGCAGUGGGGCAUGCGUCAGAGCGCCGAAGUCACCAACAAUUUGAUGUCCGUCGAGCGGAUACUCGAGUACACUCAGGUACCGCCGGAGAAGAAUCUGCGCGACAAGGGCAUCUCUUACAAGUACAUGAAAAAGCACAAAUUGAUCAAUGAUGCCGAUGAGCCUAAUCUGGUUCCUUUGCCGUCGAAUUGGCCCUCCAAGGGUACCGUUGAAUUUGAACAUCUUUACUUGAGAUACGCCGAGAGCGAAGAUCCUGUUCUCAAGGACUUGUGCUUCUUCAUCAACUCAUCGGAAAAAGUCGGAAUCGUUGGAAGAACAGGAGCAGGAAAGUCUUCGCUCAUUUCAGCUCUGUUUAGGUUGUCACCAUUGGAGGGUACCAUCAGAAUAGAUGGGUUGGAUACUGGCACGAUAGCUCUAGAAGAUUUGAGAAGUCACAUAUCGAUCAUUCCGCAGAAUCCGGUGCUGUUUUCAGGCACCAUCCGUCGUAAUCUGGAUCCGUUCGGCGAGUUUUCCGAUCAAGCCUUGUGGGACGCUUUGGAGCAAGUGGAGCUGAAAGAAUCCAUCAUAGCAUCUGGUGAUAAUUUGGACAGCAGAGUGUUGGAUCAAGGAGCGAAUUUCAGCGUGGGUCAGCGUCAGCUGGUCUGCCUAGCCAGGUCAGUCCUGAGAAACAACAAAGUCCUGAUGCUGGACGAGGCCACGGCCAACGUGGAUCCUCAGACCGAUGCCCUGAUUCAGACGACGAUCAGGACGAAAUUCGCCAAUUGCACCGUUUUAACGGUGGCUCAUCGGCUCAAUACCAUCAUCGACAGCGACAAAGUCAUGGUCAUGGACAAGGGACAUUUAAUCGAAUUCGAUCAUCCUUACACUCUAUUGCAAAAUGAAUCGAGUUUGUUCAGAGCACUCGUGGCCGAAACCGGCGACGCCAUGUUUGAACAACUCUACCAAAUGGCCCAAAAAGCUUAUGAGGACAAGGUCAGAAGUACUUCCUCAACGGAGCAAACGAGAUUAUGAUAGUUAUAAAAAUUUAUAAAAACCUCAUGUAAUAUAAUUAUACUUUUAAUACAGUUAUUUAAUAUAUUUAUUUUUAAGAUUACACACGAUAAUUGCUAAAUCAUAAUGAAGUUUUAUGUUUUAAUUACGACUCGUAUCUUUGACUUUUCCCCCCAUAAUUUUAUUGAGAAACGCUUAGCUUCUCGCUUAUGUAUGUUUGUGAACGUUCAAUGAUCAUGUUAAAAUAAAUUUUUAUCAAAAUUACCUAAGAUAUGGUGAACGAACUGAGCAUAUAAUUGAACGAUUAAUUAAUUGUUCGAGAAAUUAUCGCUGAAAAGUAAAAAUGUGACAGCGAAAUAGUUAAAACUCCGAUAAAAAGUAACGUUUAUGAUAGCGAAUUGUAUGCUUUUUUUAAUGAAUGAGUUGUUUAAACUUUGCGUGGUACAUAUAUUAUUUUAUUUCAAAAAAAACUUUAUCGUUCAAUUAAAAUUGUCUGAUCAAUCAUAUUUUUCUAAAUAAACGUAUAUCGAUCAUAUAAUUGAUAUCUGCGAAAUCAAUUAUAAUUGUAUAAGAGAAAACAAGAUUAGUUUGAAAAAGAUUAUAAAAGAGGUUCAAGAUUGGACAACAUGUAUUAUUUGCUAGAUUGCAAUCAAGUAGAAUACAUUAGUGAUUAUUUUGCUAAGUAAAGAGCGUUAAAAAUAAAUUGAGCGUGGAAAAAAUUAUUCAAGUGCAGUAAUUUUUGUUAAAAUUUUUAUCUAGAUGUUUUUUUGGAGAGAAUGUAAAACAUUAGUAUCUUUAAUAAGUGUAGUUUUUUAAAAUUUGAUAACCUAUAUAUUCAGUUAAUCAAAUUUAGCCUAAUAAUAAAUUAAUAUAGAUAUUAAUUUGUUCAAUAGUUGAUAAUAAAUCACAAAUUUAUACGAUUAUUGUAAUAAUUUUUUGUUAAUUAUUGUGUUGCCACAA